CGUAGAGGGGGUGCAGAAACGAGGAGGGGUGCCGAGAGCUGCUGCAGAUUCAGAUGUGGCACUAGGAGCGAAAGCAGCAGCAGCAACAGCAGCAGCAGCAGCAGCAGUGGCAGCAGCAGAAACAGCAGCAGCAGCAGUGGCAGAAACAGAGGCAGCACGAGGGAAACCGGAGCAAAGGGUGAGUGGCAGCAAGCACUCAUUGGAGCCAGCUAGAGGGCCGUCCCUGCUGCCGCUUCAGCCGCCAGAGAAGCGACUCAAGCUGCUAGAAGGGGAGUGCGUGCAGCCGCAGCAGCAGCAGGAACAGCAGCAGCAGCAGCUGCAGCAGCAGCAGCAGCAGGAACAGCAGCAGGCGUCUCAAAAAGCUGGUUGGCUGUGGGAGCUUCAGAAUGCGAUGGGGUAUCGAUUCCAAAAUGAGGGGAUACUGAGGGAGGCAAUACGGGAGGAGGAGUUGACGUGGGAGAGGCGGUUUGUGUUCCUGGGGGAAGCUGUGCUGGACUUUCUUGUCAUGCACCACUUGGUGCGAGCAACAUCUGGAGCACCACAUGGUUCUCCUGCCACGUCAUCGCAUGCCACGUCAUCGCAUACCACGUCAGCGCAUGCCACGUCAGCGCACGCCGACACGUCAUCGCUCGCCGCCCAGCUGUCCCCGCACCAGCUGACAGACCUGCGCAAGGCGGUGAUUUUCUCGGAAAGGUUCUGCCAGCUGGCGGCGCCCCGUGGGCUGCUGCGAUUGGUGCGCAGGAUACAGCGGGCGGCAAAGGCUGCUGCUGAUAGGGCUGACUCGGCGCAUGUGGCUGCUGGGGACAUGGACAUGGGCAUGGGCAAUGAGCAGAAGGAUUAUGAUGAUGAUCUACAAAAGCCAUCCGCCAAGGAUGAUGAUGAUGAUCUACAGAAGCCAUUCCCCAAGGUAAUGCUGUUACAGCCGGCAGAAUGCGAGAAAGGUGAGGACGUGGGGAGAGGACGUGGGGAGAGGACGUGGGGAGAGGACGUGGGGAGAGGACGUGGGGAGAGGACGUGGGGAGAGGACGUGGGGAGAGGACGUGGGGAGAGGACGUGGGGAGAGGACGUGGGGAGAGGACGUGGGGAGAGGACGUGGGGAGAGGACGUGGGAGAGGACGUGGGGAGAGGACGUGGGGAGAGGACGUGGGGAGAGGACGUGGGGAGAGGACGUGGGGAGAGGACGUGGGGAGAGGACGUGGGGAGAGGACGUGGGGAGAGGACGUGGGGAGAGGACGUGGGGAGAGGACGUGGGGAGAGGACGUGGGGAGAGGACGUGGGGAGAGGACGUGGGGAGAGGACGUGGGAGAGGACGUGGGGAGAGGACGUGGGGAGAGGACGUGGGGAGAAAAGUGAGGACGUGGGACGAGGACGUGGGGAGAGGACGUGGGGAGAGGACGUGGGGAGAGGACGUGGGGAGAGGACGUGGGGAGAGGACGUGGGGAGAGGACGUGGGGAGAGGACGUGGGGAGAGGACGUGGGGAGAGGACGUGGGGAGAGGACGUGGGGAGAGGACGUGGGGAGAGGACGUGGGGAGAGGACGUGGGGAGAGGACCCCACACACAUUCCUCUUGCUUCAACAUUCUACAACACUGUUCACAUUUCCCCUCCUCUCUCCCCUCCUCUCCCCCCUCCUCUCUCCCCUCCUCUCUCCCCUCCUCUCUCCCCUCCUCUCUCUUCUCCUCUCUCCGCUCCUCUUCUUUCUCCUCUCUCCUCCUCUCUCCCCUCCUCUCUCCCCGCCUUUCUCUCCUCCUUUCUCCCCUCCUCUCCCCCCUCCUUCCUCCCCUCCAUUCCCCAUCAGGACGUCCCUGACGUCUCUGAUCUAAUCAAGGCCCUCACCGCAGCAGUUUUCCUCGAUUUCACUCCUCCAAACACCGCUCCCACCGCACUCAACCCCCGCUCACCUCCCCCUCUCCAUCCCUCAUGCCCUCUCGCCCGGACGUGGCAAGUGGUUUCUUCAUGGCUAUCCCCCAUCCCUCUGCUGCAUCCCCUCUCCCUCCAUCCUCCCUCCGCCCUGCUCCUCUUUUGCUGUGCCCUCUCCCUCCCCGCCCCCAUUUACCUGCCCAAGGCUCAGGGGAGUGGGGGAGGAGGGGAGCAGUGGGGGGUGCAGUGGGGGGAGGGGUGGGGGAAGGAGUUGGGAAGAGAGUGGGGGAAAGGGGUGAAAACGGAGGGAGAAGGAAAAGGGGCGUGGAAGGAUGAGGGGGGUGGGGAAAGAAACGGGGGUGUGGUGUGUGGAAGGGAUGUGGAAGGUGAGGGAGGGGAGGGCGGGGAGGACAGAGUGGAUGCUGGGCUGCGUGAAAAGGGCGUGGGGGAAAGAGGGCGUGGGGGAUUGGCUGCGUGGGGGAAAGAGGGCGUGGAUGAUUGGCUGCGUGAAAAGGGCGUGGGGGAAAGAGGAGGGGAGGGGGAGGAGGGGGUGGUGGUGGAAGUGGAGGUGAGAGGAGUGGUGAUGGGGGAGGGGUGGGGGAUGGAUGAUGUUGCAGCAACGGUGGAGGCAGCUGCUAGCGUGCUGAGAAGAACCAAGACUGUGCAGGGCUUUUGGCAGCUGUACCAGGAGGGGGAGGGAUUGUUGCCCUCAGCUUACCAUCUUCCCUCUCCCUCCUCCUCGCCUCCCCCUCAGACUGUGCAGGGCUUUCGGCAGCUGUACCAGGAGGGGGAGGGAAUGCUCGUGCUUAGGGGAAUGAGGGCUGCAUGGGAGACGCAGGAAGAGAAGGCCGGGGCGGGGGAAGAGGAGGGAGGAAAGGAGGGGGGAGUGGGGAAGGAGGCAGGAGGAGGAGAAGGUGUAGCAGGGAUGGAGGAAGUUCGGCCUGAAG